AUCCCUUCUCUCCUCCCUUCUCUCCCUCCCUCCCUCUUCUCUCUAUCUUUCUUUCUCAAUCUCCCCAAUUCACCAUACACAACCUUCAUCAUGUCUGCCCCCGCCCACAAGUUCAAGGUUGCCGACAUCAGUCUCGCGGCCUUCGGUCGCCGUGAGAUUGAGCUCGCUGAGAACGAGAUGCCUGGCCUGAUGGAGACCCGCCGCAAGUACGCUGAGGACCAGCCCUUGAAGGGUGCCCGCAUUGCUGGAUGUCUGCACAUGACCAUCCAGACUGCCGUCCUCAUCGAGACUCUCAAGUUCCUCGGUGCUGAACUCACUUGGACUUCGUGCAACAUUUUCUCCACCCAGGACCACGCCGCCGCCGCCAUUGCCGCCGCCGGUGUGCCCGUCUUCGCCUGGAAGGGCGAGACUGAGGAGGAGUACGAGUGGUGCCUUGAGCAGCAACUCACCGCUUUCAAGGAUGGCAAGAGCCUGAACUUGAUCCUCGACGACGGUGGUGACCUUACCGCCCUUGUCCACAAGAAGUACCCUGAGAUGCUCAAGGACUGCUAUGGUGUCUCCGAGGAGACCACCACCGGUGUCCACCACCUCUACCGCAUGCUCAAGGGCAACGGUCUCCUUGUCCCUGCCAUCAACGUCAACGACUCUGUCACAAAGUCCAAGUUCGACAACUUGUACGGUUGCCGUGAGUCGCUCGUCGACGGUAUCAAGCGUGCCACCGAUGUCAUGAUUGCUGGCAAGGUCGCUGUUGUUGCUGGUUUCGGUGAUGUCGGCAAGGGUUGCGCCCAGGCUCUCCACAGCAUGGGUGCCCGUGUCAUUGUCACUGAGAUUGACCCCAUCAACGCCCUCCAGGCUGCCGUCUCCGGCUUCCAGGUCACCACAAUGGAGAAGGCUGCUCCUCAGGGUCAAAUUUUCGUCACCACCACUGGUUGCCGUGACAUUCUGACUGGCGCUCACUUCGAGGUGAUGCCCAACGACGCCAUUGUCUGCAACAUUGGUCACUUCGAUAUCGAAAUCGAUGUUGCCUGGCUCAAGGCCAAUGCCAAGUCAGUCACCAGCAUCAAGCCCCAGGUUGACCGCUACCUGAUGAAGAACGGACGCCACAUCAUCCUCCUCGCCGAGGGUCGUCUCGUCAACUUGGGAUGCGCCACUGGCCACUCUUCUUUCGUCAUGUCCUGCUCUUUCACCAACCAGGUCCUCGCCCAGAUUAUGCUUUACAAGGCAUCUGACGAGGCUUUCGGCAACAAGUACGUCGAGUUCGGUAAGACCGGCAAGCUCGACGUCGGUGUCUACGUUCUGCCCAAGAUCCUCGACGAGCAGGUUGCUCUUCUUCACUUGGCACACGUCAACGUUGAGCUCUCCAAGCUCACUGACGUCCAGGCUGAGUACCUUGGUCUCCCUGUCGAGGGUCCUUUCAAGAGCGACAUCUACCGCUACUAG